AAGGGCCCUCCCAGCUCUGACAUUCUGUGUUCUAAGGGUCCUCCCAGCUCUGAUGUUUUGUGAUUUAUGUUUUCUGAGCUGAUGAUUCUGUUUUAACCCAAGUCUCCUGUCCCCUACUCCACUCUACCAGCUGCUCCCCUCCCUUCCCUCCUCUGUCUUGCACCCUCCCUUCUUGCUGCUAUGUCUUGCCAAAGGGAGCAGGCCUGACGCCCGGUGCUAUUUCCUGCUGGGCUCAUGGAAACCAGCUGGGCUGCUCCGAACCAGCUCCCUUAGGCCCCAUACCCCUCUCCCCUCUGAGGUGUAGAGAGGUUCCAUGGAGGCCUCAGGGGCUCUAGCCCCACAGCAUGAUAAGUUCAGGGCACGCAUGGUUUUGGAGACUUCUUUGGGCCACUUGAGACCCAGGAUGAACUCUCCAUUAUAUUGUAGUCUCUGCCACAGAAUGGGAGGCUGGACACCUGUGUUCUAAUUUCUCUCCCUCCCUCAGUACACAUGCUUACUUCCUUGGCUGUGCUCCGUGUUCUGUGUGUGUGUGUGUGUGUGUGUGUGUGUGUGUGUGUGUGUGUACUUGUGUCCUGAGGCAGGGGUUGUGGACGAGCUCUGGUGAGACAUCCCUCCCAGCAUCCUGAGCAGCCCCACCCCAGACCGUUCCUAAAGCAAAGUUGAGCCACCUCUGAGCUGGUGGGACCCAAGAGUCUGGCUCCCCAGCCAGGCCUGCUCAGGGUGAAGGAAUUGGCUGGGUUCAGGCCGCCUGGGCGGGGCCAAGAGGCUUUCAUUGGAGGGCCCAGCAGGCAGGCGGUGAGGAAUUCACAUGUGGGAGGACUUUACUGUACAAUCAUCCCGCCUUCUUCAGCCCUGUCCUUCCCUCCCCUCCCCAAGGCUCGGAGAGACUGAGAGAGCUAAAACUGGAUUCGGCCACAGACAGAGACCCAGACCCAGGAAACAGCUGCCCUGGGGGGUUCUCAGCCUCAGGGCCCUUUGUGUGGCUGUCACCACUACUGACCUCGAAGAGACACAGGCCCUGCUGGGCUGUGGGGCGGCCAUCAACUGCUACUCAGGGGACCCUGCAGCCCCCACGCCCUUGGCUGUGGCCAGGCAGGCUGGCCAGAGGCUGCAGAUGGAGUUUCUCAGGAACAACCAGACCUCUGAGAUGCCCCGGCUGGACCCAGUCAGCAUUGUGGAGAAGCAUUACUCUGUCAUUCAGCCCACCGUGAGCCACAGUGGCUUCCUCUUCAAGACGGCCUCUGUGGCCAAGCCCCUGCAGGAGCGCCGUGCCCGAGAAGAGUUCAGCCGACGCUGGUGUGUUCUCAGUGAUGGGGUCCUGAGUUACUAUGAGAAUGAGCGGGCUCUUGUGCCCAAUGGGGAGAUCCGAGCCAGUGAGAUCGUGUGCCUGGCUGUACCCUCAUCUGACACCCAUGGCUUUGACAGUACCUUCGAAGUGUACACAGAGACUGAGAGGAUGUACCUGUUUGGAUCAGAAAGCCCAGAACUGGCUCAAGAAUGGGUCAAGUGUAUUGCUAAGGCCUUCGUGCCCCACCACGUGGAAGAGCUGCUGUGCAGGGACUUUGAGCGUCUGGGCCGCCUCUCAUAUAAGGCCGGCCUCAGCCUGCAGCGGACCCAGGAGGGUUGGUUUGCGUUGGCUGGCUCCGAGCUCCGAGCAGUGUUUGAGGACAGCCCCGGCGGGGAGGCCCUACAGCUCCGAAAGCUGCAAGAGCUAUCGAUAGAGGGGGAUAAGGAAGUCCUUGUACUGGUGGAGAGGGGGAGGACCCUGUACAUCCAGGGGGAAAGGAAGCUGGACUUCACCGGAUGGCUGGGGGCCAUCCAGAAGGCAGCAGCAAGCUCUGGGGACACUCUGUCCGAGCAGCAACUGGGGGACUCUGAUAUCCCUGUCAUCGUCUACCGAUGUAUAGACUACAUCACACAGUGUGGAUUGACCUCAGAGGGCAUCUACCGUAAGUGUGGGCAGACGUCAAAGACACAGCGGGUGCUGGACAACCUGCGUCGGGAUGCCCGCUCUGUGCGUCUCAAGGAGGGGGAGCAGCACGUGGAUGAUGUUUCCUCUGCCCUCAAGCGCUUCCUGCGGGACCUACCCGAUGGGCUCUUCACCCGGACCCAGCGCUGUGCUUGGCUCGAUACGGCAGCAAUUGAGAAUGAGGAAGAGAAGAUUUAUAGGUACCAGGAACUCUUGGGGCUCCUGCCCCCUGUCAACCGGGCCACAGCGAAAGCCCUCAUCAGCCACCUGUACUGGUGA